AUCAUUCAGUUUUAUUUUGAAAGUGAGUACAGGAAGUUGUAUGAGUGAUUUUCCAAACCUGUGCGCGUGUUCUCAACGUGGACGUAACUUCUCCUCAGACAGAGUGACGUAAUCUCCUUGGAAACACUUUAAUUGGCUUCUCAGAUGGACAGAAGCUCUCCAGAUGAUGAUAAACAGAACCUGCCACCGAUGGAGGAUGCAGAAGAGAUGGAGGUCACCAUGACAACUCAGCUAGAAAAUCUCCUUGUGACCAGAGAGGAUGGCAUCCCAACACAGGCAGAGGAAACAGAUGGGCUCCCUUUGGGGUCUGGGUGUGAGAAUGAGGACUCAAACAAGUCUGCCCACACAGACACUUCAACAUCACAUCUGCCAGAGAUGAACGAUCACAACCUGCCAUCAGAAAACCAGGGGAAGGAGGUGAAGGUCGCCAUGGUAACGCACGCAGAGGAUGUUUCUGUGACCCGAGACGAUACCACACCAGCGAACACGCACACGAAGGCAGACGGAGCUGUCCAGACAGCCGCAUCAGCAGCAACGCUCCCUGUGAGCUUUGUAUGUGAGGCUGGCUGUGUGGUUGAGGACUCUGAAGAUUCAGACAGUGACAGUUCUUCAUCUUCUUCCUCAUCCUCCUCUUCUUCGUCAUCCUCCUCUUCCUCCCCUGCCCCGGUGUUUGAGGAUGUUGAUGAAGGCUUCAGCCAACCAGCCCCUAUCAAAGCUAGAGAUGAAGUCUUACUUGAGGAGCUUCCAGCUGUGGAGGAAGUCAGUGUGAGCUUACCGGAGGAAGCCGAGCUGCAGCCGGUGGGAACAGUCUCCAGUAUCGUCCAGCAGCUCGUUAUUAUCCAGUCCCUGAAGAACAUGCCCGCUCUGAACGAGGACAGCAUCCUGUUCAGGUCCGACAGGGUGGCUGUGGGAAAGGUGUUUGAGGUGUUCGGCCCUGUGUGCAGUCCUUUGUACGUUCUGCGCUUUAACUCUUCAGAUCAGAUCAGCAGCAAAGGCCUGACGGAGGGAUCGACUGUUUAUUUUGCUCCAGCACUUAAAGAGUACACAGAGUACAUCCUGAUGCAGCAGCUCAAACUUUUAAAAGGAUCUGAUGCUUCCUGGAAGAAUGAUGAUGAGCCACCAGAAGAGGCUUUGGAUUACAGCGAUGAUGAGAAGGAGCAGGAGGCAAAAAGAAAAAUAAGGAGCAGCAAAAGGAAGGAAAAUGGCUGCGCAGAUAAAUCCAGUCAGCAGCAGAACCACGACCGCCGGGCUCCCCAGCCCCGACAUGCCAGAACCCGAGUCCGACAUCAGCACCCGAGAAACGCGCUGCCGCCAUCCGCCCACUCCUACCCUCCACCUGGACACACGGACAUUCCUCCUGCAUACUUUGCUUCCCACUCCUCUUAUCUUCCUCCUCCUCAUCAUCAUCAUCACCACCCUUUCGCUCCACCCAGCUUCCCCCUCUACCCUCCUCCUCAUCUUCCUCCUCCAGCGUUUUUCAACCCAUCUUUCUCCCCGUCUUUCUGGCAUCCAAACUCUGUCCCCUAUGUUGACUUCCCUCCUCCUCCGCCUCCACCACCGCCACCUCAUCCCCCCUCGCCACCUCACUAACAAACACACACACACACACACACUUACCUAAGUUGUUAGGGUGAUUUUUGUUCAAUAUAAGGAAUAUAUGAUUUACUUUCAGCAGCCUGUCUGUGUAGUGGCUGGUAGGCUGUAAAUUUUUGAUGUGUAAAAUGAUUUUUUAAAACAUCAGUAACUCACUUGUAACGGCUAAUGAAGCUGUGAGCAGCUAUUUGUUUUGAUAUUUUACAUUUUUGUUCUUUUCUGAUAUGAACAUUUUUUAAUUAAGCAAAACAUUUUCUGUUAGGGGUGCACCGAUUUAUCAGCCAGCCAGUUUAUCUUUGCUGAUUUCUUUCAUUUUGAGAGAUAAGUGAUCGACCGAUACUUAUAUGUGAAGCCGAUUUUAUCCACUGAUCUUAUGUAACUUUACAAAGGUCAAUAAUCAACGACUUCCCUCUUCUGCUCUGCAGUGAGAGAGGUUUGACAGUCACCCCACUGUCAACUUAGCAGCUUUCUUGCUGUUUUUCGCAGCAGUUGAGAAAAAAAAAUUGGCAUUGGAAAAAAUUGGAAUUGGCAGGUCAGAUGUUUCAAAGAUCGGUGAUCAGCCAGAGAACUCCUAUUGGUGCACCCUAAUUAUUUCUUUUAUCUGCCACUUUCACCUCAUCUGCUCAUGUAAUGUGGGCUUUUGGGAAUUGAUCACCUGCAGACUGUGAUGGCACCUCUCACUGUGACUGAAAGCUUAGAGACGCAUCCACCAGCUCUAAAACGACUUUAUUUGAGCUCUUUUUGUCUCUUCACACCUAGAAAAAAAUCUAUUUCAGCUGUACUGUACCUAGAGUUUUGUUUAGUCUUUUAGUUUGGAGAUUCAUUCAUUAUGCAGGUAAAUACUCACAAAAAUGUUCUCGUUUAAUUGUACAUUUUUUGCUGAUGUUUAAACUCUAUUUUUAUUAUACCCAUCAAAUCAGUUAUACAAUCACAUUUUCUUACUGGAAACUAUUGAAAAUGAUUUAAAAUCAUUCAUAGUGAGCACGAAACAACCAAACUACAGCAAUAUGAAAUAAAGCAGAGGCUUAAAGGGACAGCACCCCUUUAAGCCACAUUCACCACCUCCAAAGUCCUGCGAAACAAAACAGAAAUACGCUAAAGGGAGCUGUUUAGUCUCAUUCAGGUAUUGUUUAUUAAGGUUGGUAAUAGGAGUUGCAUCUGAAAACAACUGGAACAGUGGCGACCCUCAGAGGUGGACCGGGGGGGCCAUGGCCCCCUCUUGAAAAAUACUGGCCUCCUCAAAGAGUCAUGUUUAUGUCUUAAAAAGACAUCUUCUUUAAUGAAGACAUAAUUGUUAAACUUAAUAAAUAAAUAAUGUUCUUUUAUUUCAUUAGGUGGGCCCCUGUAACAUUUUCCCUUUGAAAAAUUUCUGGAGGAGCCACUAACUGCAGAAUUACAAUGACAAACAAUUAGUAGGCGAAUUCUCCGUAUUUAGCAUUGCUGUUCAUUUUAGAUGCUUCUUGUUGAGCAUUUCAGAUUAAUGAACAGACCAAAGCGUGGGCACUGUAAUAUUUUUCAAAAGCAAAUCAGACUUUGUGAAACGAGUGAACUCAGUAUUUGUUGAUCGUCUGGAAUCCUGAAAACUUCAGUCACAGAUUACAAUGAAAGAUUACAAUCAUCCAUUGUAAUCUUUUACACUCAACUCGUAAACAGGACUUUUUUUUAAGUGUGUAACACUGUGUUUUUGUAAGUAAACUAAUCCAUUCAUGCCAUCCUUAAACCUCAGGAGACUUUUUGAGUUAGUUCAACUUUUUGUUCCCCAUCAGGGCAGCAGCAUGCCUUCAUUCACAUUUUUUCUACUGAUUUCAAUCUAGUUAUUGUCUUUGUUGUUCUGUGCCUGUGGCUGUGAUAUAAGAAUGUAUUAAAAUGUUAAACUUCUCUUUUCCACAAGCCCUGCAGUUUGUCUGCUGCAACCGUAAUUAAUCAAAUAAAAUGAUGGAAAACUGGA